CUUCCCAAACUAAAGAUGUCCACCAAACGUCGGAUUUGUGGGUAAAAGGGAGUCAGAACUGAAGUGGGCAACAUUGUUUGCGUCUUGCUUGUGGAUGACGCUCCUUUAGGAGCGGGCCUAACAUUUCCAGCCCGGUUGGCGGAGCGCUAGGCCCGCCUCCAAUAUGGCCCAAUCGGGAAGAGGGAAAAGCUGAGGACUAAGUAGGUAUUGGUUGGCUUCUGGGCUAAUCGGAAGAGUCCCUGUUUGGCGGGAGUCUUGACCGCCGCCGGAGCUCUUGGAUCCUCAGCGCUAGCUCUGGGUGUCCGGCCGCCGUGGCCAUGUUUGUGUCCGAUUUCCGCAAGGAGUUCUACGAGGUGGUUCAAAACCAGAGGGUCCUUCUCUUUGUGGCCUCGGACGUGGACGCUCUGUGCGCUUGCAAGAUUCUUCAGGCUCUGUUCCAGUGUGAUCACGUGCAGUAUACGCUGGUUCCGGUUUCUGGGUGGCAAGAACUUGAAACUGCAUUUCUUGAGCAUAAAGAACAGUUCCAUUAUUUUAUUCUCAUAAACUGUGGAGCUAAUGUAGACCUAUUGGAUAUCCUUCAGCCUGAUGAAGAUGCCAUAUUUUUUGUGUGUGACACCCACAGGCCAGUUAAUGUCGUGAAUGUCUAUAAUGACACCCAGAUCAAACUACUCAUUAAACAAGAUGAUGAUCUCGAAGUUCCUGCCUAUGAUGAUAUCUUCAGAGAUGAAGAAGAAGGUGAAGAGCAUUCAGGAAAUGAAAGUGACAAUGGGUCAGAGCCUUCUGUGAAGCGCACACGGUUAGAAGAGGAGAUAGUGGCACAAACCAUGAAGAGGAGGCAGCGAAGAGAGUGGGAGGCUCGGAGAAGAGACAUCCUCUUUGACUAUGAACAGUAUGAAUAUCAUGGGACGUCGUCAGCCAUGGUGAUGUUUGACCUGGCGUGGAUGAUGUCAAAGGACUUGAACGACAUGCUGUGGUGGGCGAUUGUUGGACUAACGGACCAGUGGGUGCAAGACAAGAUCACCCAGAUGAAGUACGUAACGGAUGUUGGCAUCCUGCAGCGCCAUGUGUCUCGGCACAACCACCGGAAUGAGGAUGAGGAGAACUCCCUCUCUGUGGACUGUACACGGAUCUCCUUCGAGUACGACCUCCGCCUGGCACUCUACCAGCACUGGUCCCUCCAUGACAGCCUAUGCAACACAUGCUACACUGCAGCCAGGUUCAAGCUCUGGUCUGUGCAUGGGCAGAAGCGUCUCCAGGAGUUCCUUGCAGAUGUGGGCCUCCCCUUGAAACAGGUGAAGCAGAAGUUCCAGUCCAUGGACGUCUCCUUGAAGGAGAAUUUGCGGGAGAUGAUCGAAGAGUCUGCAAAUAAAUUUGGGAUGAAGGACAUGCGCGUGCAGACUUUCAGCAUUCACUUCGGGUUCAAGCAUAAGUUCCUGGCCAGUGACGUGGUCUUUGCCACCAUGUCACUGAUGGAGAGUCCCGAGAAGGACGGCUCAGGGACAGAUAACUUCAUCCAGGCUUUGGACAGUCUCUCCAGGAGUAACCUGGACAAACUCUACCAUGGCCUGGAACUCGCCAAGAAGCAGCUGCGAGCCACGCAGCAGACCAUCGCCAGCUGCCUCUGCACCAACCUUGUCAUCUCCCAGGGGCCCUUCCUCUACUGCUCCCUCAUGGAGGGCACUCCGGACAUUGUGCUAUUUUCCAAGCCAGCAUCCCUGAGCCUGCUCAGCAGACACCUGCUGAAGUCCUUUGUGUGUUCGACAAAGAACCGGCGCUGCAAGCUGCUGCCUUUGGUGAUGGCCGCACCCCUGAGCGUGGAGCAGGGCACUGUGACUGUGGUGGGCAUCCCCCCAGAGACCGACAGCUCAGACAGGAAGAACUUUUUUGGGCGGGCGUUUGAGAAGGCAGCAGAGGGCACCAAUUCUCGGACGCUGCACAACCAUUUUGACCUCUCAGUAAUUGAACUGAAAGCAGAGGAUCGGAGCAAGUUUCUGGAUGCACUUGUUUCUCUCCUGUCCUGAUGGGCCCCCCACACAGUGGAUGCUCACACCCAGCCCUGCAUCUCCUUGAGCCCUGGGCUGGAGCCACUGCUGUGGUAGACAGGCCUUAUCAAGACUCUGAGGUAGGGGUGCCCUUGUUCUGGCCCAGGGUCUUCCUGCUCCCCCACCAUCCAUAGUGAGUUGGAAACUGUGGAGGGCAGGUGCCUUUCCCCUGUCAGGGCCCCAGUGGGCUCUGCUGAGAAUGAUAUAGGGGGUCUCAGGGACCCCACAGUCCCUCUUUCAGAGUAGGCUAGGGCAUAAAGGGGCUCGUGUUGGGGAGGAACUUUGGACUCAGACCCUUCGGGUCUUCAGCAAGGUCUGUUGGGUACCUCACCAGGCUAUGACGGGUUCCUCAUCUGAAGUGGGGCUAACACCCCUUGGACAAUGAGCACUGAGCCUUGAGAUGGGGGCAGGGUGUAAGUUUAUGACCCAAAUCAAAGGCUACAAGUGGGGGCUUUUGGGUGGGGGGCUGGUAUUUGAAGCAUACUCCUCCCCUGCGGCCUGCUCAGUGAUGAUGCCAGUGCUGCUGUGUGCCCUGCCACCAUGACAGUGUGCACAGUGAGCCAGCCAGGAAGGUGGGUGGGGGGACAGUAUGGGGAGACGUUCCAGGCCAGGGGAGAAACCUUGUGAAGGUACCACGGGGCUGAGACUGGACAGGGCACUGGCAGGGUCUGCAGGGCGAUAUAGUGGUGGAGGGCCAUGAGGCCUUGGAGGUUCUCAAGCAAAUGACAGCCUGGACCUGGCCAGUGGGCACUUCAGUUCUGGGGCGGCCCUCCACCCAUGGUCACCACUCCUCACCUGUGUGAGUGGUGGAGGCUACUCAGAAGCAAGCCCAGCAUGUCAGAGGCAAGGCCUGAGCAGUUUGCUUAAUUUGGAAAGACGUUAGAAUUGUUUGAAAUUUACUUUU